AUGGCAAGUGAAGCAAUGCGGAUUAUGCUAGUUCUUGAUCCAAAUAGGGAAAAUGGUGCAUUGUGGUUAUCUUCUCUUAACUUAUGUGCAAUGUUUUAUUGCAUGUUUGAGAUUGAUAAUGCUCCAAGGAGAGUGAUUGUGGCAGCCAUCAAAAGGCAUUUCGAUGGCCCUUGGUCCCGAAUGAAACCAUCAUCCAGUGGUGGGGUGAAUUCAUUGUAA